AUGAUUGCGGUGGAUGGAGGCGAUUAUAACAGAGGUCCCGGGGACUCAACGAGAGGGCCAUCGUUGACAAAUAUUCCCCUUGCGAUCAUCCAGGCGGAGCUGGAACGGCGAGGAUAUGUUGGCACUAGAGCGGACAACGACGUCGCAGACGGAGACACAUCAACCGGCUCAAAAUGUGGUAGUGGUGUGAGGACCGGGUCAUAUAACACGCCGCUACACGUUGCAGCAUUGAUACUGAUCUUGGUGGUCAGUACAUUCGCAUGCUCAUUCCCAAUUAUCGCCCGUCGUUUCCCGCACCUCCCCAUCCCCAGGCACUUCCUCUUCUUAUCUAGACAUUUCGGCACUGGAGUUCUGAUUGCUACCGCCUUCAUCCACCUCCUCCCAACCGCUUUCAUGUCCUUAACUCAUCCAUGUCUACCCAGCUUCUGGAACAAGGGCUACCCAGCAACUGCUGGUCUAGUCGCGAUGGUUGCAGUCAUGAUCGUUGUAACUAUCGAAAUGUUGUUCGCCAUCAGAGGCGCGAAACAUGUUCAUGGGAGUGAAUAUGAUACGCUGAUUGACGAGGGGGCCCCAAAUCAUGAGACUGGUGCAACGCCUCUAAUAAACGGUGAUAGCCGCGUAGGGGUUCGAUUAGGCAAAGUCCGCGAUACACACCAUUCACCCCCCGAUUCUCCACCAAAAUCUGGCUCCCCGUCGCAUGGCUUGGGUGUGGAGGAAGGGAGUACCCCUCUGCUCCCCAAGCCCCAAGACGGAGACGACGAAAAUCUCGAUCUCGAAGAACUAGACCCGUACCCCGACAGCUCCUCCAACUACGACGACACCCGCGCUCACCAUUACUCCAACCACAAUAACCGCUAUCAGCACCACCAUCACCUCUCUUCCCAAGGCGUCAGUGCUUCCCAAAACCCGCAAAAGCAACUUCUCCAGUGCCUCCUCCUCGAAGCAGGCAUCCUCUUCCACAGCGUCUUCAUAGGUAUGGCCCUCAGCGUCGCCACAGGAACCUCCUUCGUCGUCCUCCUCGUCGCCAUCUCCUUCCACCAAACCUUCGAAGGCUUCGCUCUGGGCGCGCGCAUCUCCUCUCUGAUCCCCACCCUUUUCUCCGCCUCGUCUCCCAAACCGUGGCUUAUGGCACUUGCCUACGGUGCUACUACACCCCUUGGCCAGGCGAUUGGCCUGGGUUUGCAUAACCUGUACGAUCCAGCCAGCACGACAGGCUUGCUGAUGGUGGGGAUGACAAAUGCGUUUAGUAGUGGGUUGUUGCUGUUUGCGGGACUGGUGGAGUUGUUGGCGGAGGAUUUUUUGAGUGAUAGGAGUUACGAGACGUUGAAGGGGAAAAGUCGGGUUGAGGCGUGCAUUGCCGUUGCAGCUGGGAUGAUACUUAUGGCGCUUGUGGGGGCAUUUGCCUGA